GUAGUGGAAUUUAAUUUACUUAUAAAAUACAUAUAUUGUCCCAAAUAAUGAUAGGUUGACACAUUUCUUAUUUCACUCAUAUAUUAAAAAUGAUUAACAUUGAACUUUGGCAUAUCUAACAAGAAUUUUCAAAAUACAACUGACUUGAGGAAAAAUUACAUUUUACAUUGCACUACUAUGUUUUUUUAUCUGAUUUUAUUUGUAUUCAAAAUGUGUUGGAAACAUUAUGAAAAAAAGAUCACCAGAAAGUCAGCUCAUUUAAAAUAGACCAACUGAUAGUAUAUUUAGGCUCAUUAAAAUCAAAAAGAUUCAACUAAUUCAUUAACAACCUUUACAUUGUAGCAAUAUAAAGUUUAUGAAAAUUUGAUUUAUUAUGUAAAUGAAUUUAGAAAGCAAAAAUUUUAAACUCGUAUCCUUCCUUUAAAUUAUUAAAAAUAAAAGAGUUAUAAGCAAUUAAAAAUUAAUAAAACCGAACAUUUUCGAUCGCUUACCGAAUUUACUCGAAGAACGCGUAACGUCACAAGUCCAUCGCGUCGUCUGCAAUAUGUAUAAGUCAACACCAAAUGAGAAUGAUUUCCUGAUUGUAAAUCUAAUAAAUGCUAUGGAAAUUCAUAAAAGAAGAAAUUAUAAAUGACGUUCUGUUCCACAAUGUCAGAAUGAUUCCGUAAAAAUAUCAGAAAGAAGAUUUGUAUCCGUUCUUAAAGAUAGUAACCUAGCAAAAGGCAUGAUUUCGAAUUACUAAAAGAGAUAUGCCAAAGACGGCUCCAAAUUUCUUUUGCUGUGGAGAUUAUUUUAUUCACCAUAUAUGUAUUUAUACAUUAUAUUGUACAUGUUAAUAAUUUGUGUUUUCCUUCUUUGUAUUUGCUACAGUUCAUAUCCUUUUCAGUAUGAUACAUACGUGUUCCUUUGGGUUCUCAUUGUUUUAAUAAAUAUUCUGACUUUUUAUUUCCAAAUCGAAUAAUAAUAAAAAAUGGGUAUAUAGGUGAUUUGACCAAAAUACAGAUAUUUUCAGUAGCAUCUAGUUGGAAUUGCGUGUUAGUGAUCACCGCUAACAUUGUGUCAUGGUUGUGGUGUUUAUAGAUUCUUGACGAUUUCCAUUCUCUUCGAGUUCGGAAUUUUUUGAAUAUGUUAUAGAAAUCAACAUUUAGAACAUCUUUUUAUACAUAUAAACAUCGGUCGACCUUAGUUUUGUAUCUGUGACAGCAUCAUUAUUGGUCGCUAACCGCGGGUCGCUUAUAUUUUAAAAAUGCUGUCACCGCCACACAAUUGUCUUCACAAUAACGUAGUGUAACCCAAACCUAAAUUUAACUGAAGUUUUUUGUAAACGUCUCGGAAAUUGAGCAAUAGUUAUAUGUAUAUAUAGAAAAAAGUUAGUUAAAAUGUUGACGAUAUAUUUCAAAGUCAUCGAAGCUGAUAAAAUUCUACAUAAUUACCUAACGUAAUGUUAAUGAGUCCACAGUGGAGCGAGUCACAGGAAAGUAGAGUAACCCUCCAAGAAACACCACAAUGUGUACCUAUAUUUAGUGAGUUUUUGCGGUACUUUUAUACUGGUCAAAUAAGAAUUAAUUACGGAGUUGUUUUACCAAUAUUAUCUUUAGCCGAUAAGUAUAAUGUUAAGGAUUUAAUAUCAUUGUGCCUUGAUUAUAUGCAAAAUCAUAUUGCAUUAGCUGCCAUACACGGCACUCUAGUGUCAUGGUUACAGUAUACGUCAAAUUGUGGUCAUCACCAUAUUACUCAAGCAUGUCAAAAUUUCAUUAAGUGGAAUUUGGAAUUGGUGGCCAGGACUGGAGACUUUGGAAAUUUUGAUUUAGAUAUUUUAGUAUCAUUGCUACAUCAAAGUAGUUUGGUGGUAAAGGAUGAAAUGACGUUAUACAAAUGUUUAGAAUCUUGGUUGGAUCAUCAGACAAAUCGGUUGAAAACUCAAUUAUCGCACGACGAAUUAGAAGCUACGUUAGAACAAUUGGUAAUAGCUGUGAUGUCUCCUGUUAGAUUUCCAAUGAUGUCUCCUCGACAAUUAGCAGAAUUACUUUUAUUUCCUUUGACGAAAAAAUACAAAGAAUUCUUUGUAGAACGAAUGUCUAUAGGAAUGUCAUUUCAUUCUGGUCAGCUAGAUAAAGUUAGAGAAGUAAGUUUAAACGAAGAAGAUGGUGCAUUACUUUUCGAACCAAGAUUAUACACUAUAGACACCUGUAGUUCGUUACUUACGAUAGAAAAUUUUCAUGGUUUACCCUCUUACCAUACUAGAACGCUCGUGUUUUCAAGUCAUUCGUGUUUAGCAGAGUAUGCUGGUGACCGCGCGUGUGAAUGGGUUGUAGAUAUAUAUCCAAAAGGUGUUUGGUUUAAAAAGUUUUUCUUAAUAGUGUGGCAAGGAACCGUAGAAAUGCCCGAACAUGUGAAACGUUCAGUUAGAUUAUCACUCACCUGUAAGGAUCCAUCUGUAAAUAGUAAUGCUGAUAUGCGUGUAAAAAUAGGUGUUUUAAUAUAUGGUUUACAGGAUGGUGUUGAGCAUAUUGCGAGAGUAACAGAAAUUAUUCAUAGAUUUAGUAAAAAAGAACGUGUUCUUAAUUUGGACGAUCUUUUACCGUUUGAGGAACUUAACCCGCAGCAGGGUUCCGUCUCGGAAAAUACAUCUCCUUUUCUAGUAGGUCCAAAUAAAGAUAUGCUCAAAUUACAUAUUGUUAUAUCACCGGCUAACUAAGACAAAGAGAUUUCUUAGGUUAUAUAAAAUGAAAUCUUACUACAGACUUCAAAUAUUUUGGACUCAUACGAAGAGUCAUCUUUUUUGUCUUCAACGUAUGUCCUAGAAUUUUUUUCUUUUGAUAAAUCGACAUUUUAAUAUUAGACUAAGAUAAAGUUUUGUAUUUAAAUCGUAAUAUGUAAUAAAAUAUUAAAAGAUUUCAAUGUUCCAUGAAUUUCCAUCACAUUAAUUUUUUCUGGGGAAAUUGUUAAUUACUGUUGAUUACUCAUUUAGAAUAACUUAAUCUUUAAAGCGGACGUCUGUGUAUGAUAGAAUAUCGUUAAUUUACAAUCUGUAUGACAAAAAAUUAGCGAGUUUAUAUUAAUUUUAUUGCAAGAACGAAUGAAAUUGAUAAUUAUUGAUAUUUAAUCCACCUAUCGGAUUUCGAUGAUUUUUUAAUAUAUCGUAGAAAUUAAAAUUUUUGACUUUUUCCUGUACGUGAAACCUGCGCUUGAUCUUAAUUUCCGAGAUAUUCGCAAACAACUGUCGAUACCAUUAGAGUGAAUUAUUGUGUCUAUAAUUAUGCAUUCGCUGCAACGUAUACGUCAAUAUUUGUUGCCGGAUAGAAUAACAUCUAAAUCUAACAAGAAGAUAUGCUAUAAGAUAAGCUAUAAAAAAAGAUAAGAAUUAGGUUUGGUUUAAGCAGUAACCGAGCGGCGAUUUUAUGCAUAGGAAAAAGUUGUUAAAAUUUUAAUUUCUACAAAUUCAAAAAUCAUCCAAAUCGGUGAAAUUUGUGAGAUAUCGAUAUUAACCGAGAUAUUUUUUGUAAAAAUGUUUUUUUUUUUUGUAUCUUUUAUAUAAAUGUAUUGCUUUAUUACGAAAGUUAUCUUAAAAAGGCCAUAGAAAAUAUUUUAGAACUUUAUGCGUAUUCGAUUCUCUAUUGUAUAUAAAAUCACGUUGAUAUCGUUGAUGUAGUAAAUAUUUGAAGGAUUUUAAUAGUUAAUAACAAAAUACAUAACUGAAGGGCAACGUAGGCUUUGAAUUUCAAAAUCAAGAUGAAUUAUGCGCGGCAGUUCUGUUUUACAAAUCUUCAUCGGCCCAAAUGAAUUAACAUUUAUGACAACGAUAAGAAAUAUUUUGUAAUAUUCCAUACAUCGUAAGAGAGAUAAAUUUGUAAUUAUUCAGAAUUAAAA